UCAUCAAUGAACAGCCUCACCGACAUCCGCCUCGUCCUGAUUAAGAUCGAUGUCUUCUUGGCUUUUAAAGAGGAAGCGAUGCAGAUGUAUUCCCCAGCUGUCAUCAACAGAGUGUCAUUUCAAGAACAACAACAGCAACAACAGUCUGCUCCUAGUGUGAGUGCAUACCUCAGCAGUCUCCAAAUCAGCUCCACAAGUCAGCAGUCUGUCUUCACGUUCCUGGGUCUUUCCAUAUCCGACAUUGAUGAUGCCAUGGAAAAGCUGAAGCAUCAAUAUCAGACGCAGUGCUCCAGUAACACCUUCUCAAAGGAGGAACUGGAACUCCUCAACCAGGAUGACAUGAUGGAGCUGAAGGAGCUGGUGGAGUCUGAAGGUCUAUUCAUGCAAACUGAUCAGUCUGGCGCCCUAACAGUGAGUGGGCUAAAAGACGGGGUCACCCGGGUACUGCAGAAAAUGAAUCAGUGCCAGUACAUGAACCUUGCUAGAGAGGUGAGAGUGAGGGAGGAGGAGGAUGUUUACAACAAAGUAGUUUGGUGCAUCCUGGCAAAUCACGGUAACUGGGAAAGACUUCCCAAAUCAGCUAAUCACCAAUUGGAAAAAAACGAAUUAACAGAAGGAAUAACAGAUGCACAGGGACUUAUAUGGGAGGUUGAUGUACAGGCAAUGGUGGCCACACGACCACUGAGCAGACAGACGACAAAGCUGAAACGACUUGAGAAUCUUCCAG